AUGUUGGGUGACUGGGCCUGGGACAAAGCGGACAAGAUUAUUGGCAAUAACCCAUCAGCAGCCAGAGCAACAUUGGUUCCCAUCAUCCUUGGCAGUGACAAGACCACUGUUUCCAUUGCAACUGGGCAAACAGAUUACUACCUGCUCUAUCUUUCCAUUGGAAAUGCAUGCAACACCACUUGUCAUGCACACUGCGAUGUGGUAGUGCUCAUUGGAUUCCUUGCAAUGCUGAAGAUGACUAGGGAGCAUGCUAAUACACAAGUGUUCCAUAAAUUCAAGAAGCAGCUCUUUCAUUCAUCACUGGCACAUGUUCUUCGAUCACUUGGUCCUGCAAUGACAGUUCCAGAAACAGUACUAUUCAACGAUCAGUACUACCAAUGUGUCAUCUAUGCACUUGCAGCUUACAUAGCUGACUACAAAGAGCAGGUCCUCUUGUCGUGCAUCAUGCAUAAUUGGUGUCCAAAAUGUCUCACACACCAGGAGAACCUUGACAAAGAUGCACUCUGGCAUCACCACAAGCACACUGAAUUGAUCAUCAGGGAGUUGGACCCUCAGACACUUUGGGAAGGGUAUGGAAUUGAUGGAGAUAUAGAUAUAGUGCCAUUUACAAGUGGGCUUCCAUGCAUGGACAUCCAGAGAAUGCUUUCUCUGGACAUUCUUCAUCAACUCAUCAAGGGUGGAUUCAAAGAUCACCUGGUUGACUGGGUGGAAAGGUAUCUCAUCCAUAUUCAUGGAAAGGGCACUGCAGAAAAAAUACUGGAUGAUAUUGAUCAAAGGAUUGCAGCUGUCACCCUGUUUACUGGGCUGCAACAUUUCCCUCAAGGCCAACAUGUUAAACAAUGGACUGGUGAUGACUCCAAAGGCCUCAUGAAGGUAUAUAUUGCAGCCAUCAAAGGCUAUGUCCUAGAGGAUGUCAUCCACACAUUUUGUGCCUUUCUCAAGUUUUGCUACCUCAUCUGUCAAAAUGUUAUCACUGAACCAAUGCUUACUGCAAUCAAGGAUGCACUUGCAUGCUUCCACUUGUAUCAUGAAGUCUUCUGGAAUGCCCAAGUAAUCACUAUGUUUUCAUUACCCUGGCAACAUGCUAUGAAGCAUUAUCCCUAUCUUAUAUGCCAGUUCAGCACACUGAAUGGGCUCUGUUCUUUGAUUACCAAGUCCAAACAUAUCAAAGCAGUCAAGCAACCUUAUCAGCAUGCUAACCACUUUCAGGCUCUCAGACAGAUGCUUGCAAUCAACCAGAGGCUUGACAAAUUUGCUGCAGUGCAUGCAGACUUUGAAAAACAUGGCAUGUUGAGAGGGACUUGCCUGUCAUAUGUGCUUGGAACUCUAGAACAAUAUUGUAAUGAGACUCAUAAUGAGACUGACCAUGAUGUGUCAAACAAUCAGGACUGCGAAGACAGUGCUGAUGAACCCACAGCAAGUUUUGAAGAAGAUGCAGGUGAUACAGAUGACUCUCCUAUGAAUAUGAGGGACCUAGCAACUGAACUCAACAUACCCCAGCUCCUCAAUAUCUUGCACUGCUUUCUUCAAUCACAGCUUCAGCAUGACAAUCACAAUCCAGAAGAUGUCCCCUUGGAUGAAUAUCCCUUUUAUGAUGAAUCUGUCUGUGUCUACAACUCUGCAUCCUUGAUGUUCCAUGCACCCAGUGAUUACCUAGGCAUGGAGUAUCCUUGCAUGAUCAUAUGUUGGUUUGACCAUGUAGGAGAUGGCCCAGACACCAACACAGGGAUGUGGAUAGUUCGUACAUGCAAUGCUCAAGACAUCACUAUCAUCCACAUUGAUACCAUCUAUUGUGCAGCUCAACUCAUCCCUAUAUAUCUGCAAGUUAUGAAAUAUGCCAGGAUCAAGCAGUCACAUAGGGCGAUGAGACUGACCUCUGGAGUUGGAAGUUCAGCAGGGUUGAUUGGCCAUGAAGAACUCAGUGAUGGAGGGUGUAGAGUCAGGAAUGGCAGCGACAGAACCAGCAUGACCCACACUGCUGCCAGAGGCCCAUCCAUCUGCAAGGCAACUGAUGGCGUUCACCUUACACAUGCCAGAGACUUAGAAUCGCAGCCAUUCGAAGUGGAAGUACAGCUAUCCCCCCCACUGUUCACAGUUUUUGCUGCCCCUAUGGUGACACAAUUUAUCAUAUCAUUCUGCAUUUCUUUGAUCAUCUGGUUACUCCAGCUCAGUGUAUGGACUGUUGCUGCCAUCAUCUCCAUUCCCAAUGCCCUUCUCACCAUGGACUCCACAUUGCUCAAGCACCCCCCCACAGCCCUCAUUUUCCUUGAGAAGAACCACCCCAAAACCACUCAAAGGGAGGAAAGACUGGCCAGAAGCAUCUUUGGACUCAAUUUAAUGGAUUAUGGGGCAGGAGAGGGUGGCAUACAAGCAGUCAUUUAUAAUGUGGAGGAUGGGUGGGGCAUGUAA